AUGUCUUCAGACUCGAAGGAUUAUUCACCAGGAUAUUUGGAUGAAUAUUGUGGUGAUGAGCUUAUCGCUACAGCGGUGGUAUUUAUGGUUUUGGAGAUAGCAUUUGCGACAAUUCGAUGGUAUGCGAAGCGCAGACAAGAUGUGCCGAUAGGUCUGGAUGACUGGUUUAUCUGGCCUGCACUGGCAGUGAAUAUUAUACUAUGCAUAGAAGGCUUAAUUCUUAUCCCUCUCGCGGGCGUGGGGCAACAUCUUGUCGCAGUCGAAGCACACAGCCCAGAUAAAUUAAUCGCCUGGGGGAAAGGUAUCUAUGCGUGUGUUUGGAUUUGGGCGCUUGCAGUAGCUCUUCCCAAGAUGGCAAUUAUGGGGUUCUAUCUUCGCUUCUUCAAGUCGACUUAUGAGCGGGCGAUCACAUACACUUUAAUGGCUAUCACAGUCGCGACUUUCCUCGCUAUCGGACUUACUGCCACCUUUGCUUGUACGCCUGUUAGUUAUCAGUGGAAUCAAAGCAUACCCGGCACAAAGGGAAAAUGUAUAGACGUGACUGUUUUUUACGACUGGAUGUCGUUCCCGAAUAUUGUCACCGACGCCAUUAUGCUGGUUCUACCACUCCCCAUGAUCUUCCAACUACAUCUUUCUCAACGACAGAAGAUUGGACUAGCUUGUAUUUUCGCAACUGGUGGAGCUGGAAUCAUCACAUCUUGUCUUCGCUUCUCAAACUUCUACAACCGCAACGCAUUCGAGGAUAAUACUUGGACAUCUGUCCAAUUACUUAAGUGGACAGAUAUCGAGCCGGGGAUCUACUUUAUUGCUGCGUGUAUGCCUUCAUUUGGUCCGCUCUUCCAACGAGCUUGGAACAAAUUCAUCGCGCCUUAUGUUAGCAGUUUACGGAGGUCGACGAAGGGGACGAAUGGAUCUCAUAGCGAUAGUGGUCCGCUCGCACUACAUACUAUUGGGGGUGGGCGUCGAGAUCAUAAGUCUGGAAGAUAUAGCGAUGCUCGCGCUGGGGGCUUUUCGAGGCUGAGUGAGGAUCAUGAUCCUGACGAAACGAGGGCAUCACAAAUUCAAGUUACGUCGACAUUUACUGUCAAUCAUGUUUGA